AUUCAAACGUUUAUUAGUUAUUCACUUAUUCAUUUUUAUUCAUUUAAUAAUUUUUCUGUUAUCCAUCUCUCCAUUUAUUUAUUACUUCAUUCAUUCAUCCUGUUAUUCAUUCAUGGUUGUUCAUUAGUUCAUUCGCUCAUUCAUUUAUUUGUAUGAAGAAAAAAGAAAAUAAUAAUGAACACACUAUUUCCUAAAAAAAAAACCACAGCUAAAUAAUCUCAUCAGUCAGAAACUGCUGCCACAAAACACCUUCAUCUGUAUCCACCAGUAUCUGUCUGAUACUCGCCGUUAAAAACCAGUAUCAGUCGAAGCCGCCCGUGUGAUGCUGCUGUGACACAGUGUGUGUGUGUGUGUGUGGGACCACAGAUCCCAGUUUACCUCUCUCUCCUUCCAGAUCCAUCUCUCCACCUUCCUCUCCUCUCUGCAGCAUCCCUCCUCCUGUUCAGCCAAUCGCCUGCUGGGGAGUGUGAUCAUGUGACCGACAGCCACCAAUGUCUCUCGACCAGGCACCGGCAAAAAGAGGGGCGGUGUCUCUCCUCCUCCUCCUCCUCCUCCUCCUCCUCUCUGUGAGUCAGACGGUGUGUCUGGAGGAGAGUGGAUGGAUGUGAAGGAUCUGUCUAACAAGCUCAGACACGUUUCUUCUUCUUCUUCUUCACCCGGACAGCAGAGGCUCCGUCUCUAACCCGCCCUCCCUCCCACUCCUGGGGAACACAGGGGGGAUGAAUGGGGAGGCCAUGGAGGGGAGCCCGGUGCAGGAGCAGCAGCAUGCCGGUAACGGCUCCUACCUCCCUCCUCCUCCCACCAUCACGCCGGCCAUCCCCCCCUACGUGAAGCUGGGUCUGACCAUCGCCUACACCAUCUUCUACUCGCUGCUGUUCGCCUUCGUCUACGCCCAGCUGUGGCUGGUGCUUCGGUACCGACACAAGCGCUUCAGCUACCAGACGGCCUUCCUGUUCCUGUGUCUGCUGUGGGCCGCCCUGCGCGCCCUCCUCUUCUCCUUCUACUUCAGAGACUGUGUGACCGCCAACGCACUCGGACCAUUCGCCUUCUGGCUGCUCUACUGCUUCCCCGUCUGCCUGCAGUUCUUCACGCUCAGCCUCAUGAACCUCUACUGCGCACAGGUUUACUUUAAGGCGAAGUCCAAGUACACACCUGCACUGCUCAAGUACAGACUUCCUCUGUACCUGGUCUUCUUGGGCGUCAGUCUUCUCUUCCUGGUGGUUAAUCUGGUCUGUGCCCUGCUGGUCAAAAUGACCGUCGCUGAUGUGAAGACCAUCGUCCUGGUGAGGGUCACAAUCAAUGACAGCCUCUUCGUCCUCUGCGCCAUCUCGCUGUCCGUCUGCCUCUACAAGGUCGCCAAGAUGUCGCUGGCCAACAUCUACCUGGAGUCAAAGGGGACAUCGGUGUGUCAGGUGACUCUGAUCGGCAUCAUGGUGGUGUUGCUGUAUGCAUCGCGGGCCUGUUACAACCUAGUAGUGCUCGCCCUCACCGACAUUGAGACCAUCAACUCCUUCGACUACGACUGGUACAACGUCUCAGACCAGGCGGACUUGCGGUCGUCGCUGGGAGACGCUGGUUACAUCGUGUUCGGGGUGAUUCUGUUCGUCUGGGAGCUGCUGCCCACCUCACUGGUCGUCUUCUUCUUCAGGGUCCGCCGGCCACCUCAGGAAAGGAGCACUGUUGGGAUCCCAAACCACGUUCUCUCCUCCAGAGGAUAUUUCUUUGACAACCCUCGUCGGUACGACAGUGACGAUGACCUGGCGUGGAGCAUUCCUCCCCAGAAUGCAUCAGCGAGUCUUUCCUCCGACUGCUACGACUGGGGCAGCCGCCACAGCAGCUUCACUGUGCACACCAACAGCGACGAGCAGCGCCUGACGGCCACCGCCACCACCGGAGAGCUCCACCCUUACCCAUAAUCCCUCCCCUCACUGUAUAGCAUCACUCUGCACUUUGACACCGAUCAGUUAUUGUGUUUCUUAUCAUCACUGACGUAAACGUUUGUAGAGUCACUGUAGAGAAUUUAAAGAAAAUAUCAGAAUGUUCAGCAGGGUUCCUACACGGCCGCGUCGUACUCACGUUGUUUACAAGGUCUUAAUAGUUUUGUACAGAUAAGUUUGUUCGGGCAAAACCACGUCUGAGUAGAUUUCUGUUGAUAGUCCAUGUAAAUGUUAAUAUUCUGCAGCUCUAUUUAGUUGGACAUAUUUCCCAACGUGACGUUACGAUGGUCAGCAGUCAGGAAAAAGUAAUCUGAAGAUCUACUGUUUGACAUCGGUGCUGUUGGUAGUAUGCGUCGAAUGACAGAACGGAGCACUGCGACACUGCACGUUCAAAAUCACAGCGGAAAAUAAAAAACUUUAAAACAACCAAAGUUACCGACAUUAUCAAAAAACAUCUGAAACAGAAUUAGUGGGUGUUCUUGCCGUAUGAUCACUAGUGAUCCAGACUAACUCCGUGUAUGAACCCUGCUUCAGAGAGAAUCCAUGUAUUUUAGACCCACAGUAUGUAGAUGAUGUCGUGAUGAAUGUUUUAGACAAUGUUUCUUGAUCAUUUGGGGAGUUUUUCAACGAGGAUUACUCGAUUAAUCUGCCAUAGUUCAAAUAAUCAUUACCACACAGACUCCAGAUGAUUUUUAAGAUUUCUCGCAGUUGUUUGAUCAAUAAUUGGAGACGUUUUGUAAACGAGCAACCACACAAAUAUCAGACUGAAGAGAUAAUCAGACCGGUUAAUAAAGGUUCAUUAAGUCUAGUUUUAAAAUUAAACUCUAGGUUGUGAACGUUCAGUAUUUUUCCUGUUCUUGUUUCUAAGUCACUUAUGGGAAUAGUUUGAGUUUCUGGAGUGGUUCCAUGACAGCCUGUUUCAUCUCGUUCAAUUCGAAUGUUAAAUCAGGUUCCAGGUUGAAAAAUAGUGAAAUUAACUUUUAAUUUUCUGCCCUCAAAAAUCCUUGAAAAACUCCUCGAGUCAUUUUUUUGAGGUUCGUGACUGUAAAGAGACGAAACUGUCACACUGAAUAACGCACUGUGUUGAUUCAACAUAAUCGAUAUCCUGUAAAUAUCAGUAACCAGACAGCUGAACACCUCUGUGUUGUUUUGAUGUUCACCUCAAAGUAUCCACAUAUUAACAAGUAAUUUAAUGUUGGGUUUUAAUUUGACUUAACAAAUCCGUCAGACUGUCCAAAUAGAAACAAUGAAGGAAAACAUGAUUUGAACCCAUCGUUACAUUUUUGUUAGUAUGAGCUUUGUUUGCAGUGUUUACAUUUCUGAAACGAUGUUCAGAAAAAAAAGUCUAUAUUUCUAACAGACGCGGGUUUUGUAAGUUCUUUGUACAGAGUCUCACUGAGAUCGCAGUGUUUCGUUGUUGAGCUUUUUGUUGUGUUUGUGGUUCGUGUGUUUGUGACGUGUCCGCACAAAACGUAACACUUCAAUAAAACUGUCAUUAAAACAAACCAACAUGUUCUCAUAGAACGCUUCCAGUGAUAUCCCACGAAAAAUACACGCACAACAGGUCGUAUGAUAUCCUACGAAAUUUGCACCCCACGAAUGACGUUACGUCCUUUACAUAGUUACCUAAAUAAUGAAAAAUUACUGUGGCUGAGUUUAGGAAAAUGAAACGUGCCUUAAAAUGACUCCAAACGUCAUGGUUUGGCUUUAUGUUCAUGCAGAAGGCGAACACCGGGCUUCCAGGUGAAAGUCCAGGGUCUUUUGGACCCUCCUGCCGGCCCUACAGGCACUUUCAAGCUCGUUAUACUAUGUUGUCACUCAUCGUACCGUGGCAACAGGUGCCAUCAGCUGAUCAGUGGCGUAUCGUAAUACAAUAGGUUCCGUCCAGCCAUUGUCAUACUGACGCAACCCAACAGCGUAUCAUACCUCCCAAAAAAAUUGGCCUUUUGCGUCGUUUGACACUGACAUCACUGAAAAAACAGCGGGAUUUGACGACUUCAGAGUGAGAACAGGCUGGACAUUUUGUUUAAACUAAGGUUGUGACGUCAGGUGACCAAAUUUCAACGUAGAGUACUGACGACAAACGAUGUAAAUAUUUUAUUGGUUUUAAGUUGUGUUGUUAAGUAACCAAAAUCCAGCAUCUUCCAAGCGUCAUCUUGAGGAAGAGUAACGAUAUUUAGUCGUAAGGUACAAAGAACUACGUUAACAUCCACUAUCGACGUAUUCUCAUAGAACAGUUCGUAUGGUAUCCUUCGAAUUUUGCGCCCCAUGAAUAAUGUUACGUCCUGAACAUACAGUUAUAGGAUUAAUGUAAAGUUAGGGAAGUUAGGUUUAGGAAAGGAAACGCGUUAGGACGUACCUUAAAAAGACUCAAAGUUCGCACAGAUCCAAACACGUGACUCCAGGAGAAAGUCUGUUUUCUCGUGAACUGUCCACCACUCCAACCUGCCUCCUUACGAGCGCUGCUGUGAACGCUGACCUUUGACCUGCACCGCGGUGUCUCGCGGGAGUAUAAACGAGGCUUGCAGGGGAAAAAUAUCUGAAAAUAAAACGCGUAAACACUUUAAGUCUUAUCUAUUUAAAUAAAAAAAAAAAAAACAG